AUGAUUUUGCUUUUCUUUUUCACUAUUUUGGGUAUUUCAAAAGCUUGUAAUUUUUAAACAGCAUCACCUUCACCUAUAACUUGAAGCUCAUAUGAUCGCACAAAUAAUAUCAUUGAGUUUACCUGAUCUGCUUAUUCAGGAUCAUCUCCAAAGUAUCAAGUUAUGUAUGAUUAUACCAUUUUAUGCUAAAUUUAUUUCAAAAAUAAUUAUUUAAAACAUAAUUUUUCUUAAUUUCUUUAUGAUAUAAUGGUAAAACUUAUAUAAUAUUAUUUUAUCAAGGUAAAACUUAUUUUUUGCCCAUGACAUCUAAUUCCCUAUCCUUUUAAAUUGAAGCAAAAAAUCCUAUCCCAAUUUAAAGGGGGUCAAUAUUUUUUUUAAAAACAAUCUUUUAGGAUUUUAAUUUUAUUUUAUUAUGAAUUAAAUCAAUUCAUGUGAAAACUGUUUAAAUAAUAUUCGGCUUAUAUAAAAAUUAGUAUUUUUUUUACCUAUAAAAUUUUUCCCAUUGAAAAAUUGUUCCAAUUUAAGGGGGGUUAAGUAUCCAAAAACUGCAAAAAUUUUACCUAUGUUUUGCUUCAACUUGGAAGGGGAGUAAGACUCAAGGCCAAAUAAAAUGCAGCACAAAUGAUGGGAGUAGCUUAAAAGCUUAUUACUACGCAAUAGAAGGAGGCCAAAAUUCAGAAAACUCCACCAGUGUUACUUUACUUUGUGCAGGAACACCUGCUGACGUGAAUUCUCUAACUUAUACACAUAAGCUUAAGCAGGUCACAUUGCUAUGAGAUGCAGCAGGAAUAGAUAACGGUGGAUCAGCUAUUAUAGGCUAUUCUAUUAACAGAAAAAGUGAUGUAUGAGAAUUAAUUGCAUCAAUCACAGACCCAACAAUUACGAACUAUACAGAUACUGUGGAAUAUGGAAUUUCUUAUAUUUAAGGUAUUUAAAUACUUCUAUUUAUAAAGGAAAAUAUUUUAUAUUAGAAAAAUUGCAUAUAAAAAGCGUUUUAUAAGGUAGAGCAUAUAUUUAUAUAGUCCAAAGCUAUAAUUCAGUAGGAUCUUCUCCAGGGAGCUUAUAUAUCACUGUUUUUCUAACUCAAGUAGCUGAUCCAGCUGUUUCCACAAUAAGUGUCUCAAAAAACCCAGUUUCCCAAUCUUCUCUAUCUGUCACUGUAAAUCUAUUAGAUUCUGGUGGAAAUGUAGUCAUAAAUCCUGCAAUCCUUUUAUUAGAAGUCAGAGAUGUUUGUAGUGUUAAUUAUGGAUAUGAAUGCAUAAGAGUGAACUCAACUGAUCCAAAUUAUGUUAGUGAUUUAUUAGAAAAACCAGCUUAUGUAGUAUUUAGCGACAAUACAGACGGGACAAUGACAGCUAGCUAUACCCCUAUCUUGCCCGGCCCCUACACAAUGUCAGUCUUACAGCUAACUGAAUAUGGAAUUUUAGGUGACUAUUGGCAAAAUAUCUGGUUUUACCAAAGCCCUACAAUGGAAAGAGAGGACUCUUAUCUCAAUAUGUCCUGACCAUUAGGUACCCUUAUCACUCCAGACGCCUCCAACUUUAUCACUAUUAAAUGGUUUGGCUUUUUAUUGGCUGAUUAUAGCGAAGAAUACACUAUUUACUUAUUUUCUGACGAUUUUGCCAGACUUUAUAUAGAUAACGACCUUAUGAUUGACAACUGGAGCAAUGCCGUAAAAAAUUCAUCAGUAAACUAUACAUUUACAAAAGGAGUUUAUACUUAUAUACAAUUGGAAUUUAAACAAAUUGAAGGGUCAGCGAAUAUUUGGCUGGGGUGAAGCAGCCAGUCACAAGCUUCAGAAACGAUCCCGUCAAAUGCUUUUUAUUAUCCAAUAAGGGUGAAUGGGUCACCUUGGCUACAAGAAAUAGGGAUAGGGACUAGCUCUCCACAGUAUUGUUAUUUUGAGGCUGAAAAUACAGUAAAUGCGGGAAUUACUAAUAAGAUAUCGAUUUAUUCAGCUGACGCAGAUGGGAAUUUGCUUGAUAAUACAAAUGAUGUCUACUCAGUUUCCUUUUCAGGGCCAGCUACAUUGAAUUUCCAAAGUGUGUAUAGUGGAAAUGGAAAAUCUAUCGCUAACUAUAUUUUAACUACAUCUGGAACCUAUACCUUAAAAAUCACACUUUAUGGCAGCCAAAUAAAAAAUUCUCCAAUAUCUGUUACUGUAAAUCCUGGCCCCAUAAGUAUCGAUAACUCCUAUACGGAUUUUUCUUCAAUAAUUUCAUCCACCCUUACAGCUGGAGAUAAAUAUAUAUCCACUUUUGUUGCAAUAGAUGCUUAUUUAAAUACAAUUACAAGCAGCAAUGAUAUUUUGGACCUGCAAAUCACUUUUGUUGAUAAUAAUGACUAUACAAGCUCUAUUGGUGUUGCUCAGCCGAGUAACUGGACUGAAGUGUAUGGGGAAAAUUAUUCUGGGACUUAUAAUUACCCUGAUAUCACUUUCCAGAUAUUCAGGGCUGGGAAUUAUCAGGCAAAUAUUUAUAUAAACCAAGGGCUAAUGAAAGAUUUUCCUAUGAAUUUGAAAGUACAGCCUAAUAGCCUUAAUGUAGAACACUCUGCGAUUCAAUUUUCUUCAUAUCAAGGAUAUGCAGGAACGGUGUUUUCAGUUUAUUUUCAGGCUCGGGAUGUGUAUUAUAACAAUCUUUUAAUUACUUCAGUUUCUUCAUAUCAAAUUCAAGCUAUAGGAGCUUCUACAGUCACUGCCACUUUUAUAAACUAUUCUCCAGGUGUUUUUACAAUUAGUUUUACAAUAACAAAAAGUGGGGUUUACUCAAUAUCUUGGCGAGAAGAUUUUUGCUGCUUUAAUGUGGUUGGAAUGGAGGUGCCCAACAAUGCCCUGUGGAUCCGAGGACCCAUUGGCAUUCCUCAACAGAUGAGCAGAGGGUUUCGGCCCAGGCCACAUUGAGCAGUCUUUUUCCUGUAGCUUUCGAAGGAAGGCACAUUUACAACCGAUAGACUUCAAGGAGUUGAUCCUUGGAAUCAAGCUGCUCCAACUGUGUAGGUGGGCUAUAGAAGUCCAUAAGCAUCAAGACUGCAACCGCAAGGUGGAGACAGAAGGUACCGAGAGUGGCAUCCACCUUCAGGGAAAGACCCUCUGGGUUGGAGUCGAAAAGUAGUUGAACCUCCUGAACGGGAGAUCUUUGGUGACUAAUUCACAAAUAUGGCUAAUGCCUGAUUUUAAUAGCCUAACCUACUCAAUAUCUGGAACAAUAAACGGUUCCUCGUUACCUUCUUCAAGCACUUUUACCAUUUUGCCUGCAUUAACCUCAAGCUCAUCCACCACAACACUAUCAGGGAUUCCUACCCAGAUUUUUGCUGGAAACCAAACAACAGGUACUAUUACUUCAAAAGACCAAUAUUCUAAUAUAAGAAUAGACUCCUCAGAUACCUUUACAGCUACAAUUACAGGCUUAACUGGAGCUGCCAUCAGUCCUACCUUAGUAAAUAACGGUAAUGGGAUAUAUUCAUUGAUUUUUACCCCAAAAACCGUUGAUACUUAUACAGUAAAAGUCUAUUUAAAUAGUGCUGAAAUUUCUGGCUCCAGCGUAAAAUUUACCACAAUUCACAGCCAAGUCUGCGCAUCAGCAGCCACAAUCAGCUCUUAUUCCUCAACGUCUACAGUGGCAAGCUUUACCCUUUAUAUCUCUUCUUAUGAUUUAUAUGGAAAUCUUAUAUCAAAUAUAAGCUCAAUCGACACAUCUUCUCAGUAUUUCUAUGGAAGAAUCACUGGGGUACAAAAUAUUGACAAAAUUGCGACUAUAAAUGAUAAUAAAUUUUACCUUGAUUUAUCAUUUUUAACACAAAGUGGGGCAUAUAGCUUGGUAUUGCUAUGAUAUCAAGCUAAGCAAGAUACUUUGGAUUUUUUGGCUGAAAAUUUGUAUUAUAAUUUUGAUGGGAUUAAUUCUCAAUGCUACCAAGCUGACUAUAAAUUAUUGACGAAUUAUGGGUUCCAGUUGGUACCAGCAAGCACAGAUCCAUCCAGCUGCAAAAUUUAUCAGUAUUCUGGGGAUAGUUUGCCUAUAAAUCAAGCUGAAGCAGGGAUAGAAAAAAUGAUUACAAUUGAAGCAAGAGAUAAAUAUGGGAAUAUUCAAGUAACCACAACUGAUGUUUUCAGUGCAAGUUUAGUUAUGGACUCAACAACAGUGACUGUUACUAUACAAAAUCAGUCAGCAGGAUAUUAUACCUUAUCAUUUUUACCUCAAAUUGCAGGAAUUUAUAAUAUGACUAUUUAUUUGCAGGUAAAUUCUGUUGAAAGUUUGGUGACGAGUAUUUCAAUAAAAGUAAUAGCUGGGAUCACUGAUCCUACUAAAACUCAAAUUAUUGGUUUAAGCAGCUGCACUGCAGGAGGUCAAGGCUCAAUUUAUAUACUUACCUAUGACACAUAUGGAAACUUCGAAGUUUCUUCUAAUGAUGUGGUCUCUAUUUCUAUGUCUGGAACUAGCACUGUCUCUUCAAGCCAAAUAUCUAUAAAGAAUUAUCAUAAUGAAUAUUAUAUAGCAAAUUAUAUUAUUUAUCUUACAGGAACCUAUACAGUUUCUGCAACAAUUGACAGUGAAGAUACAGGAAAAACCUUUCAAAUAACUAUUACUCCAGCUUUACUAUCAAUGAGCCUAUCUCAAUUAGCAGCUCCAUCAACAGCUACUUCUGGCAGCACAAUUCUUGUAGAUUUAUAUUUAAAAGACCUUUAUAAUAAUGCUUAUACAAGUUCACCAAUAUGAGAUGUAUAUUUAGAUAAAGAAGACAACCCUAAUUUUAGCCCUUUGGAAUUUACUGUUACUGCUAUAGAUUCAUCAUCAGGGCAAUAUAGCGCUAGUGCUGUUUAUGAUACGUCUAAAUUAGAUUUAAAUAGCUUCUGUGGAUCAUCCUCAACGAGUGCAAGCUAUUUAUGUGAUUUUAAGACAAAUUUGCAAUUAUAUGCAUAUACACUUGUGCAAGGGUUAAAUGGGCUUUAUUAUAGUAUACUAUCAAAAAUACUAUAAAUAUAGAGACAGGGAAUAAACAAUAGUUUUUUUAUUAAAAAUAGGUAAGAAUUAGAAGAUUUAAUCUAAAAAUUCUCCUUAUAAAGUAUAAUUCUGAUUUUGAAGAACCUAUUUCAGAAAAUGUUAUUGAUGGAAAUAUUGAUUUUGAUUGAGGGUCAAGUAGCGAUAUAAGUGUGAUAUGGGAUGGAGCUUUGGUUUCUAGCAGCGACACUUAUUAUACUUUUUAUUUAAAUGCUAGUGAUUGGGCAUCGCUUUCAUUUAAUAAUGAAGUUGUUAUUGAUACAAACCAACAAAGUUCAUAUUCGGCCAGCUUAAAAGCAAACCAAGUGGUGGAAAUUCAAAUAAAGUAUUAUAAUGUGGAGGGAGACUCUUAUAUUCAUUUUCAGUGGGAAUCUUCAUCGAUUACUAAAACUACAGUGCCUUCAUCAGUGUUGUAUCAUUAUUAUGAAGAUAUUCCUGUAGGGUCAGGAGCUGCUAUUAUUCAGGGGUCAUAA